GUGCGUCAGAGGAGGCGCGGAGCGAGGAGGGGACUGUGGUCUGGGGUGGAGGCUGCAGCUGGCCGAGCAGGAGGAUGGGCGAGCAGUCUGAGUGCCAGAAUGGAUAACCGAUUUGCUACAGCGUUUGUAAUUGCGUGUGUGCUUAGCCUCAUUUCCACCAUCUACAUGGCAGCCUCAAUUGGCACUGACUUCUGGUAUGAAUAUCGAAGUCCAAUUCAAGAAAAUUCCAGCGAAUUGAACAAAAGCACCUGGGAGGACUUCAUUAGUGAUGAGGCAGAUGAGAAGACUUACAACGAUGUUCUCUUCCGACAUAAUGGCACAGUGGGGCUGUGGAGACGUUGCGUUUCCAUCCCCCAAAGAACACAUUGGUUAAGCCCACCAGAAAAGACAGAAUCACUUGUUAUGGUCACAAGAUGCACAAGUUUCACACUAAAUGAGCAGUUCCUGGAGAAAUUUGUGGACCCUGGGAACCACAAUAGUGGAAUUGAUCUACUUCGGACCUAUCUUUGGCGUUGCCAGUUCCUUUUACCCUUCGUUAGUCUAGGUUUGAUGUGCUUUGGGGCUUUGAUUGGACUUUGUGCUUGUAUCUGCCGGAGCUUAUAUCCUACCAUCGCCACGGGCAUUCUCCAUCUCCUUGCAGGUCUGUGCACACUUGGCUCAGUAAGUUGUUAUGUUGCUGGAAUUGAACUACUCCACCAGAAACUGGGGCUGCCUGAGAACGUGUCGGGUGAAUUUGGUUGGUCCUUUUGCCUGGCUUGUGUCUCGGCGCCCUUGCAGUUCAUGGCUUCUGCUCUCUUCAUCUGGGCCGCCCACACCAACCGGAAAGAGUACACCUUAAUGAAGGCGUACCGCGUGGCGUGAGCAGCAGGGGCUACCUUUGCUCCACCUGCCGUUCUCAUUAUCCUUUGCCCUUGCCUCCCUUCCAUAUGUUUUUAAUUUUAUUUUUUUCUGGAAAUACCAUUUUAUCCUGAAAAUAAAUUUUAUUUAUAGAGAAAUGCACUUAAAUACACAAAGACACAUAUGAAAAAUAGCAUAAUAGCUGUUUGGUUUUUUUUAAUACCACCAAAAUAUAUACCAUUGACUGAGAAGGAUUCUAUCAGUCAAACCAAUCUAAAAAAGUAGCGACGAGGCACACCUUUGUGAAAAACUAGGUAGUGAGAAACUGACCCAAAGCAGGUUCUGCUGAUAUCGGAGGCUGAUAGCUCGUUGACGUUCACAUUAAAAGUAUAUGUGUUCAACUAGAAACUUUAGUUUCUUUGGAAAACCUAUUUUUUUCAUAACCUUAGACUUCCUCUGUUGUAGAUAGCCAAGCAGGGGAAUUAUCAAUGAUGCGUUCCCUCACAUUGGCCUAUAGCUUCUUCUGAAGUGAUAGAUGACAGCUGUUUCCAUCUACACAGCAUCUGGCUGCAAGGAAGUGAAACAUGAAGUGUUUGAAGUUUUAACCCUGUAAUUAAAACCAUUCUAAUGCAUUCAGAACAAGAGGAUUAAUCUUUCGUUGUAUUUUGUUUCAUUUAACUCUCUUAAAUACGUCAAUGGGCGCUUCAGUCCCACCAAACCAUUUUGGAUUUUUGUUCCUUUCACAUACAGGUUUAUUAAAGGAGUGCUUUCAUUUUGUAACCUUACAUUGGAGUCACAGUAACACCCUGUCAUCGAUGUCUGUUCCAGCUAACUACCAUAAAGAAGGUUCCACCAUAAUGACCCUCUAGAGCUAGGAAAACAACCACAAGAUCUAAAGCUUUGGCUGGUUGUUAACCUCCAACUGUGGUCUUUAUUUCUUGUGGAAAUGAUGUGCCUUUCCUUGCCUAAGACCCUUUGUGGUGUAUUGAAACAUUUAAUGCGUUCUAAUUCAGUCAUUUUUUUAUAAAUAUGUCUAUAAACAUUGAAAAUAAAAAUCUUAUUUAUUUAUUCCAUUACUAUAGCUCUUGGCAGAUUAAAAAAAAAGUAACUUAGUAAUUUCUUACCAUAUCUUAAAUCUGUCUUUUUAAAAAAAAUAAAAUUUGAGAAGAUAA